UCACCUCACCUUUCUGUGUGAAGCUGUGAGGCGCUGACCCAGGCUGCCUGUUUGUGUUCCUCCACAUUUUAAUAUCCGCAUCUUCAUCACCAUCACCUCCAUCAGCAGCAGCAUCACCAUCAUCGUCUGUAACCAUGUCGGACUCUGAGGACAUGACGGAGUUCGCCAGCAUCGUGGAGCGGAUCGAGCGAGGCGAGGUGCCGAUCAAAAACAUUGAGAGGGAGCUGAUCUGCCCGAUCUGCAAGGAGCUGUUCACCCACCCGCUGAUCCUGCCCUGUCAGCACAGCGUCUGCCACAAGUGUGUCAGGGAGCUGCUGCAGCUGAACUAUGACGACUCUUUCGAUGCCGGCUCCGAGUGCUCCAUGCCGGGCAGCCCCAGGUCCAGGGUGCCCUCCCCCUCCAUGGAGAGGCUGGACAGGCUUGUGAGAUCAGGUCCUCGGAAACGGAGUGGAAAUACUGGCUUGAAAACUGAGAUAAAUCCAGCACUCCUCGGUUCCCCUGUCCCCCAAAAACGCUCUAUCUCGUCCCCAGGGUGGCGCAGAGGGUCAGUGACUCCCCGGGUCACCGCCAUCCCAUGCCCUGGCUGCCAGCAUGACAUCGAACUCGGCGAGCGGGGCAUCAGCAUGCUGUUCCGUAACUUCACCCUGGAGAGCAUCGUCGAGCGCUACCGCCAGGCCGCCCGCGCCGCAGUGGCGAUUAUGUGUAACAUCUGCAAGCCUCCGCAGCUGCAGGAGGCGACGAAGAGCUGCAUGGACUGCAAGGCUAGCUACUGUAACGAGUGCUUCAAGCUGCACCACCCCUGGGGGACACCCAAAGCUCAGCACGAGUAUGUCGGCCCCACGACCAACUUUAGGCCCAAGGUGCUCAUGUGUCCGGAGCACGAGAUGGAGAAGGUGAACAUGUACUGCGAGGUCUGCAGACGACCCGUGUGUCACCUCUGCAAGCUGGGAGGAUCCCACGCCAACCACAAGGUCACCUCCAUGAGCAGCGCCUACAAGAUCCUCAAGGAGAAGCUGGCCAAGAGUAUCCAUUACCUCAUCAGCAAAGAGGACCAGGUCAGGACUCAGAUUACUGAUCUUGAGCUGCUCAUCAGUCAGACCGAGGACAAUGGCCAACUAGCAGAGCGUCAAGCCAAUGAGCACUUUGAGCGUCUGUUCGAGACGCUGCAGGAGAGGAAAUCCGAGAUGCUCAGAUCCAUUGAACAGUCUCGUAACCGACGCCUGAACCAUCUCAAGACCCAGGUGGAGGAGUACCAAGGCAUGUUGGAGAACAGUGGUCUGGUGGGCUACGCUCAGGAGGUGCUGAAAGAGACGGACCAGUCCUGCUUUGUGCAGACGGCAAAGCAGCUGCACCUCAGGAUCCAGAAGGCCACAGAGUCUCUGAGGACCUUCCACGCUGCAGCCGACCCCUGCUUCGAUGAGUUUGUGCUGGACACUUCCAGAGAAGAGACUCUGCUCAAAGAGAUGUGCUUUGGUGGAGUUCCAGACCCCCCUAUGAUUGACCUGUCCCAUAGCCGUGUCUAUAACGAGGCCUCAAUCUCUUGGAGGCUUUCCGAUGAUCACCUGCCAACAGAUCACCACGUGGUUGAGUACCGCAGACUCGGAGGUCCGAGCCAGUCCCCGUCCCAGGAAGACGGCGAGGACAGCGGCGUCUGGAGGCCUACAGAGAGGGUGUAUGGUCCCAGCAGUGUUGUGUGUGAUCUGGAGGCCGACAGCUUGUACUCUUUCAGGGUUCGCAGCUGCAGGAACUCCAUGUUCAGCCCCUACAGCCCUGAGGUCACCCUCCACACACCACCUGCACCCGCUUUAGGUUUCCUGUUCAGCGACAAGUGCGGCUUCAGCACGGAGCGGCUGAUCCUAAACAAGCGACGGGACACCGUGGAGAGCGUGGCGGGCAUGGCCUUCCUCCUUGCGGCAGAGCGUGUGCAGACGGGCAGCUACAUUGGACUAGAUUACAUCAUUGGGGACACUGGCAUCUCUCAGGGAAGACAUUAUUGGGCCUUCAAGGUGGAGCCGCACUCCUACAUGGUUAAAGUUGGAGUGGCCUCUGACUCGAAGCUGCUUGAAUGGUUUCACAAUCCCAGAGAUACCAGCAGCCCAAGGUACGACCAUGACAGCGGGCACGACAGCGGCAGUGAGGACACGUGCUAUGAACUCUCGCAGCCCUUCACCCUCCUCACCCUGGGCAUGGGCAAACUCUUCAUCCCUAAGGCCUCUUCAUCCUCCUCCGUUUCCUCAGCAAACGCUUCAUCUGCUGACCCCGGCAAUCGCGUGCUUGCCAUGCCGCAACGCAUUGGGGUGUGCCUAGAUUACGACGCAUGCCGGGUGUACUUCUACGACGCAGACACCAUGAGGUGCCUUUAUGAGAGGCAGGUGGAUUGUUCGGGAACAAUGUAUCCAGCCUUCGGCCUCAUGGGCAGCAGCAAGGUGCAACUGGAGGAGUUCAUCACGGCGAAGAGACUGACCUUCUGAGUCGGGAUGGAGUAUGUUGCUGCGUUAGGACCUGAGUCUGUUUAAUCUUUGGCAUGUUCUAGGAAGAGCAGGUUUUAAUGAUAAUGGAGAAAGAUCCAACAUGUUUAUUUUUGAAAGGUCUGAUGAGGCAGAUGUGAUCAGGGCCUUUGGUUGUGGAAAUGGGAUCUCUGCUAGAGAUCGAUGUAUUAAGCUUUGGCAUGUAUAAUGUAUGACCCACACAUACAUGACACUGGAUAUCAGUGUCCAGUGGUCUAGAAAGGCUGAUGUAGAUGUGGAAGGUCUUCUCUACAAACCAAAGUCUCUGUUCGACUUGCUUUUAGUCACCAGCUACGAUCAGCUGUCAAAGUGAUGGAAUCUUUGUUUUAAACAUGAAACGCCUUCGAGCUCACACUUACACUUCCUCUUUUGCUAGGUUUGUGUUUAUACGAUUUUGUGUGUGUUAGCUAUCGAGUGAUGUUUGUUUCUUCGGCUCAUUUCUGUAACUGUUUGUCUGAACGUAGCAGGUUUGGAUGUUGUGGACCUGUGGGAGCCGUGUAGCUACUUUUUUGAAGCUAGUGCCUUUCUGCCUUUUUUAACAGAGAAUGGGUCAUUUAGUUUGCGCUAGCAAGCAUAUAUUGGUGUCACUGCACAAGCAUAAUGGAAAUACUUAUCAUAAAUACUAUGUGAGUUUUACUGUAGCUAUAGUUUGAUCACAGACACUGGUGUCAAAGUUAAAACGGUUAAUAAUCAUGAUGACUUGUCAUUCACUUCUUUACUCGUCGUUUCUCACAGAAAACACUGUUUCCUCCUUGUCCCAGUUCUGUUCAGCAGUUUUUGCACAAUGCGAUGAAUGAUGCCUCGCACCUUUACAAUCACCACAUUAAGAUCACUACCUAGUCUCUGACUCAGUGAUGUCACACUGUGAAAAGCGUUCACAUUCACUGACAUGAACGAGCCCUCGCUUGUAAAGCCUCUCACUGUUUAGACUCAUCUGUUGCACUUGAUGUGACUGUCAACAUUAGCAGGUGUCAGAAUAUCUUUUACUCGCAGUUGACGUCAAGUUGACGGCUGCAGAGUCACUUAAUAUCCAAAUCUUGUUGUUUCUGGUGCUUACUCACGUGCAACACUUAAGAGCCUUUACACAGUUCAAAAGAUGCCAUUAACAUUCAGGUUUCAACAAGUGCUAUCAUACAACACUCUUCAGUAGGAACACAGUUUAAUCGCUUUGCAGACUCGUGAACUGUAGCGUAUCAGCAUGUUGAUGGUGAGUUGGGCUUCAAUUAAAGCAGCUGGGAUAUCUAAGUCUGAGAGGGCACACUAUUCGCUGAGCAAACACUUUUGUGUAGACGUAUGUUGUGUAUGUGCCUGCACAUAGGCUUCUUUCUACAUUCAUGUAUAUUUUGGAUUUCUGGAGGGUUAGGGGAACUGGUGUGUUUGUGUGUUUUCUCAGGUUUCUGGCCCUGAUUCUGGGCCCGAUGCAACCUACCUCUAUCUGUCAGGCCUGGAAAACCUUAACUACUGAACCUUCUCCUCGCAGAAACACGUUCAUUUGAUUUGCAGCUUCAUCCGGAACACUUGGCUCAACAUGUCCGCCUUCUGUUUAAUGUCAAAUCAAAAAUUUCAAUUUUUUUAACUUCCAUGUACAUAUUAAUCCAGAGUAUAAUAUUUUAGUGAAACAAAUACAUCUUUAAUGUUCAUGUUUAUUCGGUUGUGUUUUAAAGACGUGUAUCACUAUUGGUGGAGAUUACUGUCAGCAGAUGUUACCCUGUUCAGCUGCUUUUGUGAAGGGAGUGUGUUUCAAAUGGUACUGACUAUUCCUUUUUUUUGUGGUGUUGGUUUUAUUUUUAUGUUGUGAUGGAUAGAACACAUGGUUUUUGGUUUACAAGAUCUUCACACAUUUAUGUUCUCACAUUUGGGGUAGAAACCUGGGAUUCCUGUGACAGCAUUCAGAUUUAGUGUUUGCUGUCGUUUAUUUUCACUCCAAUGUUCACAGGUCCUUGAUUCCAAUGUUGGGUUUCAGUUUCACAGGUUUUAGGUAAAUCACAGAAUGUAUUCACAAAAAUUACAUUACAAAUGUCUGAAUGUUCCCUGUUUUUUCUUUCAUUGGUUUAUUCCACCUGGGGUCACAGCACAGUUGUAAAGUUGUUACAAGAAACUGUUAAAGACUCGACUGCUUUCAGUCAUGGAUUUAGAACCAAAUAUUUUUUGCAGGCUGGCUGUCAAUCUAAUUCCAAGCUAGCACUUUAAAAAUCUGUAGCAUGUCAGCAACUGUGUGGCGCUUCAGAUGUCUGUAUAAUGUGUGUGUGCAAUAUUAUGGAGCACGCUAUAGAACAGAACAGUGUAGUUAGACAUUAGCCUGGAAAGACAAUUUGCACUGAAAAUAGCUUGUAGUACUUCUUGGUUUCGACUUUUCCUCCAUGCAAAUUGAAUUAGAACACAACUUUAUUGUUUUUUGUUCACUCAAAUUAGUGCAUUUGUCUCUGUGCUUUCUCUCCACAGUAUCUGGAUGUGGUGUGUAAAUGGUGGGUUUCUGUAUGUGUAGUAUGUAAAGAUGUGGAAAUGCUGUUCUUUGCUCUCAUUCCUGGAAAUGCUACACUUUUUAAUUUGCCGUGUGGGAAUUUCAUCAAAUAAAACUGGUGGGUUUUUAAAUCUA